AUGAGCCCAGAUUGCAAAUGGCCGACGAAUCAAAUCACAGUACUGCGAAACGUCACUCCCAUGACGCGCCUCCAUCUGUACAGAACAUAUAUACUGUGCUACGUAAGCUGUUGUGCAGUUUUCUGUAUGAAGCCCGGCAGCAGUCCGCGUCUACCGUAUCACACAUGUCGUUUUGUGGCAUCCAGAGAUAGACUCUUGUCUCUCUACGGAAUGGUUCUACCAAAACAUAGCGAUGCAAAACUGUCAUCCCGAAGCACUCGUGUCAGAUGUCUUGGAAACUGUUGCUUACUCAACCAAUACGAUACACGUUUCCUGGACAUGCUUCCCGAAUGUCAAGGUCAUGUAGGAUGCAACACAAAAGGAAUUCUGGCAAGGCCCCGAUGUGUAUGUUUUCACACUCAUGUACAAUACUAUACAUUCUUGGCAUCCCUUAUGGACGCGAGUAGUUGA